AUGGCUGAGUCAGUUCAUCGUUCUCGUUUCUUCGAUUUUAUGCGUGAAACUGGUGAUAAGUUAUCACCAAUGAAAGACUAUCAACAACUAGCACAACCUUCAUUGGAGGAAGCAAUCGCUUGCGUACAGCAACACAAAAUAUUCAAGAUCGAUGCUGACAUUCAAAACAAAGUUUCCUUGGCUAAAAAAGAACGUUCGAGCGAAGACGAUGCAAAUAAUCUUACCACAGAUGAAAGUGCAGCGGUUCAACUUUAUACAAUGGAGUCCAAGACUGAACAAGAAAGUCUUUUUUACAUACUAAACUCGACACUUCGUUUGGCGGAUCGUAAUGAAUUAAAGCCAUUUUUACUCUAUGUAAAACUUCUUUUGGGAGCCUUAGAAAAAUUACCAUCCUUUAACGGUAUUGUUUAUCGCGGUGUUCAUGGUAAUAUUUCAAGUAACUUUGUAACAGGGAAAAAACUAACUUGGUGGGGCUUUAGUUCUUGUACACGAUCACUGGAAGUGCUGAGCAAAGAGGAAUUUCUCGGAACAAUUGGACAAAGAACAAUUUUCUACAUUGAAUGUACUAGCGGGAAGUCGAUUCAACAUUAUUCGUAUUUGUUGCCACAGGACGAAGAAAUUAUUCUGCUACCUGGAAUUGAGCUACUCGUUACGAAAAAGAAACGAACAAAGCAUGGUCUAUCUAUUGUUUAUCUUCGAGAAAUUACAGCAAACAGUCAUAUGCUGGAGUAUGAAGAAACGCCUUAUUCUAACAAGAUAACGUCAUCACCAGAAGUCGAUUUUCGAAAAGAGGCAAAACAAAAAAAAUGUGGACACAAAUGCAAUUUAUGGGCAACAAAAAAUUGUUGUCACUGUUCAGAUUUGCGAUCGUAUCAUUUUAAUGGCUUCUAUGAGAAAUACGUUGAUGGCAUAGGUUUCGUGAAUGAAGCUACAAGAAACGAGUAUUACUGUCCAACUUGUAAAUUAGAAGAAGAUCUCUCUUAA